UUUUGGGUUUUUUUUGUCCCUUUCAUUUAAAUUGUCCUUGUUAACUCUAUACACUGCUCAACUUCUUAGUUGGAAAUGAAAUACUUUGCAUUUGUAUUUUAUUAGAAGGUAAAUGUUGGAUUUUCCUGAUAAUCAUUGACUUAUGUUUUAGGAGGCUUAAAUCAGAUAGUGCUGUGUGACUGGUUGCUGUGCACAUAUCACUAUGCAUUCUGAAAUUUGAACUCAUCAAGUAUAAUAUAUAAAAUACUUCUGAUGAAUUACAAAACCCAAAUAGGAAUACUAAUGGCAUUCUCAUGCAGUAAAUGAGAACUUUAAUAAGAUACAUUUUGAACAUGCACCUAUGUCAAGGGUAGAGAAUGGUUCUCAUAUGCAAAUACAUUGGGCAGUAAGAUAUACUGAAGUAGAAAUAUAAUUAAGACAUAUGUGUAGUGUUGCCUUGAAGUGAUUUGGUAAUGGAGAUGACAGCUUAAAAGUUUAAAAUAAUAAUAAAUUCUUGACCAUGUAAAGGAAAUGCUUCCUAACAGGGUUGUUAAGUAUCCUCAGAGGUGUGCCAGUUCUUGUUAGUUAUGUUGGGUCUUAGUUUCUUGGCAGAGGUGGAUGUAUUAAAUUACUAGGUUGGAACUGGAAUAUGUGUACCUAAGCAUUAGUUUUGAAGAUCAGUGUACAGACAUACUUGAAAGUGUCUUGGAAACUCUUAAAGGACUAUAGUAAUUUAAGUACUAAGAGUGGUGGUAGUGUGUGUGUGCAAGCCUAUCUGUCUGUAUUUGCAUGUAUGUGCUCACACAUGAAGUCAGCUUUCCCCUUCUAGUUUGUACAUCCUGGGGAUAGAACUCAGGUUGUCAGGCUUAGCAGCAAGCUCAUUUAGCCACUGAGACAUCACUCUAUCCCUGAUGGAGUUUUAUAUUCAGAAUUUAUACUGGCAUUUGAGAAAGAUAUGCUCUUUUUAUCCAUUUUCUUUCCUUUUAUAUACUUAUGAGCUAUAUGCUGUCUUUGAAUUGGUAGCAGUGCUGUCCCCUUAGAGGACAUGAGAGACUUGGGUGUGAGAAUAUCUUACAGAUUUAGAAGAAAAUUCCAGAUUUUCUUGAAAACUUACCACCAGCGAUUUUAUAUAAAGAUAAUGAUUGUUGAGAUUUGAUGUUCUUGAUGUCCUCCUAGCCCCAAGGUGGGCACAGAUGGAAGCUCCUCUUUAUGUACAACACAGAAAUCUCCAGUAGAGAAGCACAAACUCAAAAAAAAAAAAAAAAGGCAGACUUUGGUCUAUUAAUAUGUCAUAGUAAGUAAAUGACCUCAGAAUUUUCAGACUCUAAAUGUUAUAGUUUGCUGUUAAAACAUUUCAGCUUAGCAGGAUGUGUCUUGUUUAUGCUUGCUAAGCCUGUCUGCCUGGAAGAAGCCUUUAACCCUGCUACUCAACAUGAUAUAGACAAAAGAACUAAUAGUCUGUUAGAGAAGAACAUAAGAGAAGCAAGAAAAAUAAAUUUUCUUUAGCUAGAAGAUUUCCCUUGACCGUUGAUGUCUGAAGUUCAGGCAGAAUCCCAGAAAUCAAAGCAAGUCAGUGGGAAGCAGUGUAUAUUAGAAGAGGGGGCAUCUGCUUGGAGCCUGGACUACAAGUCAUGGAAGAUCGAGCGUUUGGAAGUAAGCAGCCUCGCCCAGACUUCCAGUGCCGUGGCCUCCAGCACUGAUGGCAGCAUCCACACAGAGUCUGUGGAUGGAAUACCAGAUCCUCAGCGCACAAAAGCUGCCAUUGCACACCUGCAGCAGAAGAUCCUAAAGCUCACAGAACAAAUCAAGAUUGCACAGACAGCCCGAGACGACAACGUUGCUGAGUACUUGAAGCUUGCCAACAGUGCAGACAAGCAGCAGGCAGCUCGAAUCAAACAGGUGUUUGAGAAGAAAAACCAGAAAUCUGCGCAGACCAUUCUCCAGCUGCAAAAGAAGCUUGAGCAUUACCACCGGAAGCUCCGUGAGGUGGAACAGAAUGGGAUUCCCCGACAGCCCAAGGAUGUCUUCAGGGACAUGCACCAGGGUCUGAAGGAUGUGGGUGCAAAGGUGACUGGCUUCAGUGAAGGUGUAGUGGACAGCGUCAAAGGUGGAUUUUCCAGCUUCUCCCAGGCUACCCAUUCAGCAGCAGGGGCUGUCGUCUCCAAACCCAGAGAGAUUGCCUCACUGAUUCGGAACAAAUUUGGUAGUGCAGACAAUAUCCCUAACCUGAAAGACUCAUUAGAGGAAGGACAAGUGGAUGAUGGGGGAAAGGCUUUAGGGGUGAUUUCAAACUUUCAGUCAAGUCCAAAAUAUGGUAGUGAGGAAGAUUGUUCUAGUGCCACUUCAGGCUCAGUAGGAGCCAACAGUACCACUGGGGGCAUUGCUGUGGGAGCAUCCAGCUCCAAAACAAACACCCUAGACAUGCAGAGCUCAGGGUUUGAUGCACUACUGCAUGAGAUCCAGGAGAUCCGGGAAACCCAGGCCAGACUGGAGGAAUCCUUCGAGACCCUCAAGGAGCAUUAUCAGAGGGACUACUCCUUAAUAAUGCAGACCUUACAGGAAGAGCGGUAUAGAUGUGAGCGACUAGAAGAGCAACUGAAUGACCUGACAGAGCUUCACCAGAAUGAGAUCCUGAACUUAAAGCAGGAGUUGGCCAGCAUGGAAGAGAAAAUCGCCUAUCAGUCAUAUGAACGGGCCCGGGAUAUCCAGGAGGCUCUGGAGGCCUGUCAAACCCGCAUUUCCAAGAUGGAGCUGCAGCAGCAACAGCAGCAGGUGGUGCAACUGGAAGGGCUGGAGAAUGCCACUGCCCGAAACCUUCUGGGCAAACUCAUCAAUAUCCUCCUUGCUGUCAUGGCAGUUCUCUUGGUCUUUGUGUCAACAGUAGCCAACUGUGUGGUCCCCCUCAUGAAGACACGCAACAGGACGUUCAGCACUUUAUUCCUAGUGGCUUUCAUUGCCUUUCUUUGGAAGCACUGGGAUGCCCUCUUCAGCUACGUGGACCGGCUCUUCUCACCCCCCAGAUGAUGCUGGCAUGGAACGCAGUGCUCUUCACCGUCUGGCGAGUGCAUGCCAAGAGAGCUAGACAGCAGCAUUACCCACUCUGAAGUUUUCUACAAGAGAGUUGAGUGAAUCUGUUUACAUUUAGAAUAAUGUUUUUUUCUUCAAGAGACGCAAUUGCAAUAGUAUUUUUUAGAUUUUAUCCAAGAAGUUUUUUGGGCAAAAAUCUUGGAUCAUUUUUAUGUAGCAUGAUUUUCCUUGGGAUGCAAAUCUGAAACAGUCCUUUAACAUGAACAAUCUGCAGCACACUGAAGGGCAUUCUGAAUUGAAGCUUGGAGAACUGCACUAAACCCACUAAACAGAUGCAAAAACCUGACCAGGCCCAACACCCACCCUGCCUGGCUCCUCUCCUCAUCCAGACUAACUCUACUGUGAAGUCCCACCACAUUCCAGGUUGGAAUUUUAGAUUCAGGAUGGAUUUUCCCUGCCAUGGAAGAACACAGGCAUCUCCCUAGCUUUCUCACACUAACCCUGAAGUAUGAUCACUUCUGAACCUGCUCCUUUCUUAACUGCCAGGAUUGGAAGCAAGAGCAUCGAGCCCAUAGGAUGACUGCGCAAUCCUGUUCAGUAUUGUGAAGUAGCCCUUAAUCCUAACUUUUAAGCAAAAUCCCUUGGCCGCACUUUUAAGGUUUGGUUGUUUUUUAUAUAUAUAUAUGUGUAUAGUUACCAACUUAAAAAUAAAAAAUCCGAACAACAUACUUGAAGAAUGUAAUACUCAAACUCUCAGAGCUUCCUUAUAAUUUCUAAUAGAAUUUUUUAUUAUUGUUAUUAUUAUUGGGGUUUUUUUGGUUGGUUGGUUGGUCGGGUUUUUUUNGGGGGGUGGAGGGGACUGGGCUGGGAGGGUCUUUUAUUUUUAUCCUCUGAAAUAAAGCAGUGCUGUUUUCAAAUGAAGCCGUGUGGAUAUUUCAGCGUGCUGCUCCCUGUUGUCUGAAACAGUUGAGUUGGAGCCUGUUGCCAAUGCUGCCCUCUGCCACCCUGUGGCUGCCCUGGCUCUCUGGUCUCUGUCACCCACACAGCACCAUCUCCCCGGCUUGGCUUGGUUAGAAUAGUGANGGGUUUACAGGGUAAGGGGACAAGAUUACACAGACUAGCGUGGUAGGACUAGAUUUUGUUUUCCCCANCAAGUAAAUGUUCACCCUGUGACCUUGGGCUGGGAUUCUCUUUAGGAAAAAAGGCUACUACUAUGUUAUGAGAGUCAAAAAUAACUCCUUGUGUUUGCUUAAUUUAUUGUUUAACANCCCCUAACUGCCGAAACCAAAGUGAUACGGAGUCUUCUUGUCUGCAUUUUGGCCUCAGCAUCAUUAACUUCAAAGCUUUAUUCUGUCUGCCUGAGAGGAUCCAUGGAAGAUGAUUCUCCCAAAAAGCAGAAAAAGAAAUGUCAGGUUAGAAGGACCCAAGUUCUAGGUGCANACUUUUGCAAGCUUCCUACUAACCCAGACUGACUUACACUAACCUAACUGCUCAGUGGCUGUCUAGAGACACUUCAGGAAGAUAAACUGAGCUUGAUCCUCAUCAUACAGCCAGUUCCAUCACUCAGGUAGAGCCNGAAUCAACCUUCAGAGCCUGAUUAAUCACAUAUCAUUGGAGGUCAAANGCCAUUUCCAGUGGCCUCUCUGUGUGCCCACAUGAUGCAAAGNGGUCAUGUACUAUGCCCUGGACAAAGAAGUAUGUUUUGCCUAUGUCCCCAUACCAGGACCUUCUUUCAGAACGAGGGUAGUAUUACCCUAUAUGUUGGAAAGGAUGGUUUAUAUAGCAGCUCCAGCCUCCUUUUGCUUUGGCCAGUUGGCCUCCUUUUGCUUUGGCCAGUUUGGCCUUCUCACUUUGAUAGUUUAACUCAGGUACCCAGUCUUCACUCCAUCCCCAGGUGCUUGUUCACCUCAUUAAUGAGCACCUAGAGCAAGGACCAAAAGAAGGAAAACUAAUUAAAACCAAUGCAUAUUCAUGCCAAAACAAAUGGUCCCCAAGCCUGUUUAAAAGGUUAACUUUGCCUGAAAAUAUUGCAGCAGCUUCAUGAAAGAAUGCCACAGGACACUAUGGCCUUGCUGGGCUAGCAUUUGCUGCUGUAAUCUAGUUGCUCUGGUAUAGAAGAGAACCCCAUGGGGCUGUGGGAGAGACAUUCAGUGGCAGCCCACUGGCUUCUCUACCCAUUCCACAGGAACCCCAUUCCCACCCCACCCCUGCCCACAAAUGCCACUGUGAUCCACAAGCUGAAGUUGUUUCUAAUUGCCUAAAGGCAGUUUCUGUGUCUGGAGCUUCAAAGAGACAGGCAGACCUGCACUAAUUCCCCUUCUUCCUCUAGCAGACUGCCUUGGGAAGGACCUUCAGUCCAGGACAGACCCUGUCAUGUUCUUGCUGUCUUACCCUUCUUGCUCACCAGGCCCACAGUCGCCUGCACUCAGUGCUGUUUGUAACACAUCUGUUAUCCUGCCUACCUGUACUUUUUGCUGCCCAUCCCUGUUGCCUUUGAGUUUCUUGGAAUUGUGGCUGUCCUUGGAAUCUCUUUUCUAUUCACAGCCCUUCUGUAGCCUUGCUCUGAUGGUUUUAGCACUUGAUCUGAGAGAAGCUUGCCCAUAAUUUAAUGCUUCUUUUCCUUAAAAAAUAAAAAGAAUAAAAAAUAAAAAAUAAACCACUAAAGUGAAGCAUUUCUUGAUUCCCUUUUCCAUGCUGGUGCCUAGCCUGGGUGAGUGAGGCUGGCUGUGUUGGCCUGGGUGACUUGUGGUUGUAGAGUUGGCCAUCAUUCUGCACUGUUGAUAGCUGUCUGCUCCAGUUUCAGGUCUUUGGUAUACUCAGUGUGGCCCAGCAAUGAAGGCUUUCUACUCCUUAACAGGUACAGUUGGAUCCAUCGCUGAUGGUGUUUCUUUAGCCCUAUCCCAAUUGGCCUAAAACAUUUGUCACCAGAGCAAUGGGGAAAAGCCUUCCUUUCCAGCCAUGUCUGACAGUGAGCAUGCUUUGGUGUGGUCUUCACUGCGUUUGGUUUUGCUUCUGAUCUUGUGUUCUAAGGUACUCAGUGAAUCCUGGAUUCUGAGUAAGUUCCAGGGUUCUGGCCUUGAAGCCUUGGACUAUACACAUUUCAAACAAAACCAAAUGCUGUCGUCGACAAGCCAGCACAGGCAAAGUGAUGGUUCCCACAGCACCCCCAAUAAAACUGGGAUUUUGAAUGUGGCUCUACAAGUUAAACAUUUCUGUGUGUUGUGUAUGCUAGGUGAUACCCUCAGAAGGGACUGACUACUAGACUGUAAGUGUGUUUUAUACAAGUGUGUAAGACUAAGACUCACGUGCACGAAUUGAAGAGUAAAGAGACAAUACUUGUGAACGUGUGAACGUUAACACUGUAGUUGCUAGAUCUUAAGCUGCUAAUUGUUGAGAGAGAAUUCAGUUAUGUGCUGUCUGGCUGCUGUGCCUUCUCAGCAGCACUUUUGCUGUACAUACAAUGGAAAUAAAGACCUCAGCUAGAAA